CAAUAUUUAACAUAAAAAAGUAGAAUUAUUUUGAAAGAAAACCUUGUCACAAGCGAUAUCAAUUGCAAUAAAAUGUUCUCGUCCAUUUUUUGACAGUGGGGCCACAACCCACAAUGGCUGUUGGCGUCGCAACUUCACUCAGCUGUACGGAUUCUAGCACUGGCUCAAGCGAAGAUGCAUCUGAGCCUGGCUCACCUUAUAGUCCGCACUCGAAUUUAGGCGACGACCAACAGCAACACGUUCUGCCUACCCACAGCAGCAGCAACAGCAUCAGCCAUUGUAAUAAAAGCAAAAUGCCACCACAAACAAUACUCGCGCCCAACAGCAGCAGCAACAGCAACAGCAAUAACAACACCAGUACGAGCAGCACCAAUAGUAGCAACAGCGUUCCAGCACACAGCACAGCAGCCGGUGCAAGCACAACAAAUAGUAAUAGUAACAACAUAAGCAAUAAUAGUAAUAACAACAAUAAUGCGCUUACCACUGCCAAAUUAAAGUCACAAACGACACAGCCAAAAGUCUGUACCACAACCACGCCACGCAACACACUGCCUUCAUUGCAAUGGAAUCGUAGUGCGACUACAGCGCCCACAAUAGGUACUGCUGCCAGUGCGCAACUCAAGAAACGCAGUGCCAUAAACACAAGCAGUGACGGUGCAACCAAGAAGUCACGUUCGUCUGUUGCUCAAGUGCCCAGUGUACAUGACACAUCCGCCGUGGUGAGUAACAACGUAAGUGCAGCUGCCGCUUCAAAAAGACUGAAAGCAUCUGCUUUAGAAGAAUCGCAGACCAAGAUAACAGGCUACUUCAAAUCACAAAUGAAGGCCCAAAUACAUCAAAAUGGUAGCAUUAAGAAGCCAGAACCCUUAGCGCCCACAACAAGUACUCCUACCAACGCAUUAACUACAAGCACACUCACAAUGGCACCAGCCACAACAGCCUCACUGAAUAAAUACUUCAAUAUAUUGUCACAACUGAAGGAGAAUAGCAAAAACAGUGAACAAACUAAAACUAAUUCGCUACCCGCAACCACAACCACUACCGUUGCAGCAACGAGUAGUUCAAGCUUUGCAGCAACAACCGCACCUACUGCAAUUAUCACACCACCUACACUCACCCCCGCUAAUACGAUGCCAAUACCAGCACUAAAGAAAAUUGAGCGUAGCAAACCCACGAAAAUUGCACAGGUGGCACCAAAUCUGCGAAAAACGCCAAGCAAUAAUUACACUGCAUCCUCCACUGGCAAAUCACCGGCUAAGAAACACGUUGCCAUAGCGCCACGCACACCUGAAAUGAAGCAGCAACAGCAGCAGCAACAACUCCAACAACAAACAAUUAGUGGCAAAGGUCAGGAGUGUGCGAAGCAAGUAGCGCCCACACCAGCUGCACAAGUGCAAACUGCAAAUCAACCCGCGGUGCUACUAACAGCCAUACGCCUCGCGGCACAGCAACCUCAACAACCGCAACCACAAUUAAAACCUGUCACGUCGCAGAAACUAAACGCGCCUACCACAACAACAGCUACUGCUACGAACAACAGCCCGACGCUGUUCCAACUACCCGUACAGCUACCCAAUCUAGUCCAACUACCACAGCUCUUAGCUGCCAACGGGACAAACAUUAUGCAAUUAAACAAUGUAGCAGCAGCAGCCGCUGCCGCGAAGACUGCAGCAACAACUGCCGCCGCCACCUCGGCACAAGCAGCACAAGCCGCAGCUGCACAGUAUUUUCUCAACGGUACCGUCUUCAAACUACAACAGUUCACCACUGCCACCACAACCACAGCAACCUCAGCUGUUGCAGCCACCAGUGCAGCGACUAAUCCCUUUAAUCUACUAAGCGCCAGCGACUUGCAAGAGCUGCUACUCAAACAACAACAACAGCAGCAGCAAUUGCAGUUGCAACAACAACAACAGAAAGCGGCCGCUGCUGUGGCCACCAACAGCAACAAUUUUCAAGAGAUUUUCCAACAACAAAUUGCAGCAGCCAUUGCAGCAAAUCAACAACAACAACAGCAAUUUCAACAGCUGCAACGAUUGGGCGCUGCUGCUAAUAUACAACAGCAGCCAGUGUUUAUGGCUACACCUGCUGGUCUACUACUGAAUGCUGCUUCACUACCGGCUAUGUUGGCGCAAGCAGCAGCCGCACUCGCUGUCAACAAUAGCCAACAGCAACAGAAGUCCUUGGCACUGCAACAGCCCCAACAACUACCUGCUCUGCAGCCUAUACAGCCAAAUCCAUUGCCCGCUUUGAGCUCAAUCUUUGCACCCAGCGGACAACAACAGCAACAGCCACAAACGCAGCACGACGUCAACGAACUACAACAGCAAUUCCAACAUCAACAGCAACUGGCGCAACUAGCGCUCGCCCAACAGCAAUUCAUCACUGCCACACAGCCGCCGCCUCUGUCGGCGGUAACCAUUAGUAAUAGUAACAGCAACACUGCCAACAUCUCGAAUAUAAGCAACUGCGGUACUACUGUUUCGACAGCGGCGCCACAAAGCACACAGACUGCCACAGCUAAACUCGCCAUUGUCAAAGCAACGACCAACCAACAGUUUCCGGCUCUAAGCUCCCAGCCACCACCACUCGUUACGAUAUCAAAUGGCAAAGCACGUACACAUGCCACAACUCCAGGCAAUGCACAAAGCAAGCCUUCCGCGCUGGCGAAACCAUACCAAAAACGUGCGCCCAAAUUGACAGCACAGGCAAAGGCAAUCGCAACAGCCAACACAAACAAAACCAAAAUCACAGCCAACGGUAAAAUCAUUGCCACGCCCACAACUCCACCACCACUUGUGCCGGCUUCAUGUGGUGUGGUAGCCAACAAGGAAUUGGCUACCAUACGUGCAACUACCGUAACAAAACCAAAUAUUCCUAACGUGCUGCCCACACCGGCGCUUGUUAGCAUAGCGAGUCCAACUACGUCCAGUGUGAAACUAACGCAGAGCAUAGCACCAGCGACUAUUAUACCAGCAGCUAUAGUACCAGCGACUAUUGUACCAGCAAUCAAGCCCAUGCAGCUACCACAGUUAAGCGCUGCAAAAGCGAUUGCCGUUACCACUUCAGCACCAACGUCUACACAAACUGUAACUGCUGUACAAACUGCGACUGCGACCUCUGUGUCCAUGCCCGAUCCAUUUGAUAUGCUUAAGAACUCACUGAAUACGGGUAAUCUUCUGAACACUACGGUAUGUGCCAACUACUCUAACUCUAAUAGCUCUUCGACACUGUCUGCGGUAUUUAACUCCGUGACGUGUGACAAAAUCAAAGACGAGCCGCUUGAUGAAAUAACAACGUCAAUGACAGCAGUAACAACCCCACUAGAGGACAUUGUCAAAAAGGAGAACUUAACGAGUUUUAGUGGACAAAUUUUGCCAGCUGACAUAAAAGAGGAAUUCAUGGAGGAUAACACUAAAAUGUGUGCUAGUCAAAGCAGUAACAUGCAUCAUGAAUGCUCCUCGUCCUCUUUCAGUUCAAACUCAAAUUUUGUCUCUUCAGCCGCCGAUUUAUCGCUAGAAGCUUCCAUACCACCUCCGUCGUCUGCAUCAUCUUCCUGUUCUCCUACGCCAUCACCUGCGCCGUCACCUUUGGCCGCAGUAAACUCACCCCGCCAUUCGCCCACCUUGCAGCAAUCAUGUGCCGCCACCCUGAACGUUGUUGACACAAAUUCGAAUUCCUCAAAUUCACUCUCCAAUUCAACCUCAUGCUCGCAUGCCUCCAGUCAGGAUAUGCUAAGUGAAUUGGUCACAUCAUCUUGCAUAUCGUCAGCUGCUUCUUCUGUUUCGAAUAUGACAAUUACAACAUUAAACAAUGAAUCCAAAGAGGCUGAUGAGGACAAACGGAUUAUAAAUAUCGAUAAACGUGAUUUGCCCACACCUGAAUCUGGCAUCGGUGGCAGCUUGACUAAUAGCGAAAGCAGCAGUUCCAUUGUCAGCGAAAUGAUCUCGAAUAAAAAUAAAACAAAUGAGUGUAAUAUGGAUGACACCAUGCCUACCGCAGCAGAUAGCACUUGCACUGAUACUAUGUCACCACCGCCCACACCUUUGACUAGCAACAACAGCAACAGUUUGGCAUCUAGUGACAAUUCGCUUGCCAGCAAUGCGCCCUCACCUGCCUCCCCAACGACCGAUGUAAGCGAUUCCUGCAACACAUCAGUCAUAAACUCACCUGUUGCCAAUACACCAAAUAAUACCACACCCUCAACGCCCACCACUAUCGAUAUAAAGCUUGCUGAAGAUAUUAGCGAAAAAUUGCCAAAGUGCGCCAUAUCACCUAUAUUAUCACAGCCAAAAACUAUACGCUUUCCAGCAGAAUCAGGUCACCGUUAUGGACCGAAAGGUGCUAAACGUCAUGAUGGUGUCUGCUAUUGGGACAAAUGCAACAAGAAACAUGACAGUAACUCCAAAUUACUGGACCAUAUGCAGACACAUCAUGUUAAUACACAAACGGGUCCAUUCUCCUGUCUCUGGGUUGGCUGUAAAGUCUACAAUAAAGAAUCAUGCUCAAGACGUUGGCUGGAACGACAUGUACUCUCGCAUGGUGGUUCCAAGCAAUUCAAGUGCAUUGUAGAAGGCUGCGGACUACGUUUUGGCUCACAGUUGGCACUACAAAAACACGUCAAUAAUCACUUCACAGCGACUGAAAACAAGGAAAGUACAAAUAAACGCACCUCAGAUCCACCAGUACCGAAACAAUUGCGCAAAAAUGGCAAAAAGCUACGAUAUCGUCGUCAACCAUUUUCUGCACGUAUGUUCGAUUUCUUCGACGCAGGCAUUAUGGAAGGUUUACAACAUCGUUUACGUCAAAUAAGUUCACUUGCCGGUGGUCAGAAUUCAAUAACGUUCCGAGGACAUUGUCUAAUGCGACGCACUACAUUCAAAGGCGAAGUUGAAUGUUUUGUACGUUGGUCUCCACAUGAAAUCAUCGAUGAUGAAUGGUUGGCAGAAAGUAAAGAACCCUAUAUUAAAGUUAUAAAUAUAAAACAUAUGAAAACAUCAGAGAAAAUAAAAGUGGAGAGUUUACUGAAAGCUGCCUACAAAUUACCAUAUUCACCAAAUUUAUUCGAAAAUGAUUUCACAUAUAGUCAACACAUAAUAGAAAAUAAAAUGAUUAUUGAAGAUAAUGUCAAUGAUGGAGACAAUGACAACGAUAACGACGACGACGAUGAUGAUGAUGAUGAUGGUGAAGAUAAUGACGACGAUGAAGAUGACGAUGAUGAUGAUGAAUCAAAUGAAACAACAUCCAGCUAUGAACAAGUGCUUACAAUUGCCAAAAUGCAAAUGCAACAAAGACAAAAACAUCCACGUAAACCACAAAAGAGAAAUCGUGACUGUUAAAUUAAAUGUAAUAAUAGUAAUAAUAGCAUAGAAAUUAAUAUUAAUUAUUAAACUGAACUAAAUUAAAUUAGAUAUUUUUCCGUUACCAAUGGUGACCUUAGUAAAAUGUAAACUCAACUCAAUGGCAGUAAAAGUAAAAAAAAAAAAAAUA